GGUCGCCGUCAUGGCUACGUACCUAUAUCUUUAACUGUCUAUGCUAUCUAUGAAUGCACUCGCUGUCGUGAGAGCAUGGAUACCUAAUACGUAAGAGAAGUCGGUUGUGAUGCUAACAUUGCGCUUUAACGUAACUUUAAACAUCUUAAAUGUCGAAACCCGGUUCACUUACCGUCAAGAAACUCUGUCAUUUACCAAAACUGGCGACGUGAUCAAAGAAGACUCAAAUUCAAUCUUUGCCCUGGUGUAUGUGGAGCCCAAUGAUGGGUUUCUGGCAGCCGGUGACCAACCUUAGAGAUUAUGUAUCCCAAAAUCCUCCAGGGGUUACAUUCUUCCUGUGUCUGUUGACUUUGGCUAUCUCCUUUAUCUGCCUCAGAUCUUACAGCUACACUCACACUCUGCCUAACCCUGACACAGCAAAGGACUGGAACCAUCUGCUGUCCUCCUUAUCGAAGUUCCAGCUGUGUGUGAAAGCCAAUGCAAGUACAUCUGAGCUUGUCUCGCCAGUCCCCUCUCCUCUGAUGGAUAGAAACAUUUCAGUUGACUCUACAAAGACUCCUUCUCUCACCAUGUUGCGUCUCAAGGUCCCUCUGGCUGUGACUUCCAACUCAAACAGGGGCUUGCCAAAAUACUUUGGUUUACAGACUGCCUUGAGAGCCAGUCAAUUACAUCUUGGAGGCAAUGAGAUUGUUAAUCUGACUUUAGAGGUUUUGUCCGGAAAUGAUACCUACACCUGCCUCACCAUUAAUGCCCAAACACACCUCCUGCCCAUGAGCCUACUUCCUCCAGAGUGCCCUGCAUCUGAGAACAACAUUUCACCCAUCCAUGUGGAAGCGAGCAACCAGCUGCCUACAGCAUCACAAACCUGCUACAGUCUACGCUCCAAGAACGACCCUACACUCACAGUCAUGUUAACACAGGUGGAGCAGAGUGUGGCGGAGCAACAUCUGUUGGAAGUCAGUGUGUGUCUGCUAGGAGUUUGUUUGAUACUCUGCGUAGCUGCUAGUCUGACACAGCCAACCCUACGCCGCUACCAUUGGAAUGGACUGGAUCUACAAAAUGAACCCUUGAUGGACACCUAAACAUUUUUAUCUGCUGCUGCUUUCUAAACAAAUCAAUUGGUUUUGGAGAGAGAGGAGUGAUACCACUAUUUUAAAGGGGUAUCCCACCAAUUUGAUAAAAGAAACCGUUUUUCAUGUCAUGGGGAGUUCUGAAUAGUUCGUGAAAACUGUUGUAUAAUGUCUUCAGUAGCUCUGGAGGGAGCUUGUUUAUGGAAUGACUCCUGGUAGUUAUCUUCGCUUGGGAUUGGAGAAUAUUGAAGAUAUUAUUUAGCAUCCAGCGUAGUGAAGAUAUUUAAUCUUCUGCUGCAUUCAUUCUGAACUUUUUUAAUCAGUCUCCUACAAGUUUCCCAACUUUAUGAAAAUAAAUACUUAACCAGUGGAGCGUCCCUGUUAUAGGGGACUGAUGUAUUAUGAUUACCAAGUGAGUAACAGUGUUGGGAUAGAGAAGAGUAUAUUUUUAAUAGGAACAACUUUUUAGCUGGUAAUGCCUACACUGAUGACUGGUAACACAUUCACUGUACAGUCUUUUAUAUGCAGUGCGUGCCAUGUUUACUUCAGUUCCUACAUUUCCCAGAAUUACUCUCAAUAACUUGUGGAAAAGGAACAAUAACGUGUUGGAUUCACCAGAAUGAGAUUUAUUUGAGUAUUUUUCCAGUCAAAAAGCUAAAUCUAAUUUUUUUUUUUUUUUCUAAAUUGGUUAAGUCAUUUUUGUAAUGAUGUAUUCCUAUCAUCCUACCACCUGAUGUUUUUUCUUUCUAAAUGUUAAUGGACCAAAGUUGUUUGUAUUCUAAGCUAGUCUGUUUGUUUUAAACUCAAAUGUACAUAUCUGACACUGAAAGCUCAUUGAAUCCAGAUGCCAGAGCUACAGUUCCACAAGUAUUCUUGCAUCCGCCUUCAUUGUGGUAUAUCAAUAGAC